AUGUUUAAAAUAUGGGAAAAACAUAGUGCCACUGGGGAGUGGAUAGAAGAACUUAAGUUAGAGGGACAUUCAGAUUGGGUGCGAGAUGUUGCCUGGGCACCUUCUAUUGGUCUUCCUCGUUCCAUCAUUGCCUCUUGCUCUCAGGAUCGUAGAGUGAUUAUCUGGACAAAUGAUGGAGUGACAGGUGUUUGGCAACCAAGAGAACUGAAUACUUUUGACGAUGUCAUCUGGCAUGUUAGUUGGUCUGUUACUGGUAAUAUAUUAGCUGUUUCUGGAGGUGAUAAUAAGGUGAGCUUAUGGAAGGAAAGCUUAGAAGGGCAGUGGGUGUGUCUGAGUGAUUCUGCCAAGGGACAACCGUCUUCUGAGCAACGUACUCUUUAGUGGUAACCAUUAGUAACAGUAUUGUAAGCUGUUUGGCCAUGUCACCAGUGUAAAUAGUGGCACACAAAUAUUUUUUAAGAAAAUGUUUGAUGUUACAUGAAAAUUCAGGCUUUUAUUGGUAGGUUACUUACGUUUAAGUGUAUUAUGAUAAUGACGUAAAUUACCAAGACAAUUUUUUCUUUUUAUGACAUUUAAAAUAAGUUAUUGAUGAUCAUAAUACAGAAAAAUGCAAGGUUAAAUGUUAUACACACAAUUUAAAUGCAGGUGUCCAAAAUAUGCAUAGUUUUUUAUAAUAAGUAGUAAGAUAUUUGUAUACUUUUGAAGAAGUGUUACAGGAACACCGUUGAACACUUAUUUACAUUUUACAUAAAAACUCAAAAUCCUUAUUGCUGUGUGCAUAUUUCUGGUCAGUGUUGUAUUUUGUGUUCCUAUAUGCAUGUUGAAGAUAAUUAUAUUAGUUACUUUAGGUAAAUUGAAUAAUAUGGUCGCUAUACUGAAGGAAAAUAAUAAUUUUGGAAUAACAAA